AGAUUAUAUGCCACAGUAUUUUCUCUCUUAAAUUAUCAAAUUUAUAUAUCAUCAAAUCUAACCAAAGAUUUCUUGGAUCGACCAUCUCAUCAUCGUCCCCUCUCUCCCUCUCCUUUCCAGCCUACCCAUUUCCUACUCUUACAUUACAACUUACCUUCCUUUUUGUGUAAAACCCAAAGAAGAACUUGUAUAAAGAAACUGAAUAGAGAACUAACUAGCUAGAAGCUGCUCUGUUGAUUAUCAUAGCAUGAAGAAACUUGACUCUCUUUUCUCAUCAAUCUCUUUCGUAGUCCGAUUCGAAAACGAACAGGAAGAAUAAGAAGAAUCUUGAAGGUGAGAUUAUAAAGAUUUCUGUAUCUUGUUUCUGAACUUUUACAGAUGGGCAGGUUUUUACUUGAAACGCAAGCAACCCCGGCUAUUUCAGCUACGGAUGCAAAUCCUAGAACCUUAGGAGACUCUACCGGCAACAACAAGAAUAUAGCUAACAUGGAUACAAACAUGGUGAUCAUACUAGCAGCUCUUCUAUGCGCUUUGAUCUGUGCUCUUGGUCUCAAUUCGGUCUUGCGCUAUGUCUUACGCUGCACAAGAAGGUUCACGACCACCGAAGAACUAGUUGACAACAACGCAAACGCAGCAAAGGGGAUUAAGAAACGGGCGUUGAAGCUGAUUCCCGUUGAUUCAUACAGCCCUGAGUUAAAGAUGAAAGCCACCGAGUGUUUGAUCUGUUUAGGAGAGUUCCUUGAAGGAGAGACAGUCAGGGUUAUGCCCAAAUGUAAGCACGGGUUCCACGUCAAGUGCAUCGACACUUGGUUGCUGUCGCAUUCCUCUUGCCCCACUUGUAGACAAUCACUCCUCCAACUUCAGACUCCGGCAAAUGGUUCCCGGCGGGAUGAUGACAUGGCAAUGUUGUAAAUUAGAGCUGUUUACAGUUAGGGAAGUUUCAUCCAGAAUUUUUAGUCAUAAUCUUGUAAGUUUGGUUUUGAGAAUUUUUUCCGGGUUCGCCUUACUUGGUUUUGAGGUUCAGAACCUUGCAUAUAUUUUAUGUUUUUAAAAGCAAAGUUGAUAAUAACCUUGGGAAAAAAAACUGCCGAGGUUCUUACUGACUCA